CAAAUUUAUUGCUUAAUUAAAAUUCAACUGUCUAGCCUUUAAAUAAAUCAUUAUUUAACAUAUUAAAAUAACAUGGUUGUUAAACCCGGUGUAGAAGAACAAAUUUUAGAAUUAGAAACCUGGCUUAAAACCCAGCCACAAUUACCACAAAAUAUAGAUAAAUGUUUCCUUAAACGUUUCAUCUACUCCAUGUAUGGUGACAUAGAGGGCGCCAAACGUUUGCUAGAAUUAAAUUUUAAAUUGCGCAACAAACACCGGCAAAUAUUUCUAGAAAGAGAUCCCCUCGAUGAGGGGUCACAGAAACUACUGCAAACAGCAGAUUUAAUACCUCUACCAGGCAAAACACCAGAUAAUUAUAAACUGCUUAUAUAUCGUUUAAUUGACCAUGAUGCCGACAAGUUCAACUUUACUGAUUCCAUCAAAGUUUUCUUUAUGAUGGCCGACUGUCGUUUUGCCAUCAAUGAUGAGGAUGUGGAUGGUGAAAUACCCAUCUUUGAUAUGUCCGGCUAUAGUUUGCGCCAUCUAACAAAGACUGUGCUGUCCUCGUUACGUGUUUAUAUGAAAUUUGUACAGGAAGCCCAUCCAGUGCGCAUCAAACAAAUACAUGUUUUAAAUAGUCCUUCGUAUUUGGAUAAAGUGUUAACGGUUAUAAAGCCUUUUAUGAAAAGUGAAGUUUUUAAGUUGAUACAUUUUCAUUUGCCUAAUGCUGAUACUCCCUAUGAUUAUUUUCCACGUGAUAUGCUGCCUCAAGAAUAUGGUGGCAAGGCGGGUAGUUUGAAGGAUUUAAAGUCAUUUUGGAUGCAAAAGUUGCAGCAGAAAAGAGAUUAUCUUAUGGAUCCCCAAAAAUGGCAAAUGGAUAAAACUAAAAAACCUUUAAAAUCAAAUGAUAAAUCCUGUAAAACUGCUGAUAUAACACAAAGUUUGAAAACCUUGGAAAUUGAUUAAAGCAUUAAUUUAAAUCUGUAUAAAGUAUUUGUUAAGUAUUUGUUUUAGUUUUAUUUUUUAAAGAAAAUAAAAAAAUUUAUGUUGGUUUUUGUAA